CAAAACAUUUCAGAGCACUUGUUCAAUCACUCUUCAUAAUCCUUAGACAAUUCCUCAGUAAACAAUUCGUCAAGAAAAGAACAAUACAAUGGCGACCCUCCAGAAUGUUCAGACUCGUUUCACUUCUGUCGACAGACUGAAGAUUGCGUACCGGCGAUUUGGAAAGCAGAGUACCCUUCCGUUGUUUUACAUUAACCAUCUGCGGGGCUCAAUGGAUACACUCGACCCUCUUCUCUUCAACACCAUUGCCAAGAACCGAGAGGUCAUUAUAUAUGGCAGUUUCGGUAUCGGUCACAGCGAAGGCACUGUACCAGAUUCAACGUCGGUUAUGGCUUCUAUUGCUGCCAAAUUCUUGGCUGCCAUCGGAGUCGUUCAGGCAGACGUCAUUGGCUUCUCAAUGGGGGGCGGCAUUGCCCAGAUCCUAGCAUGGGACUACCCGCAGCUAGUCCACAAGCUGAUUCUGGCUGGUACACAGUCCGCUAUUGGGGAGGGUGUUGUGACGGUUGUGGCAAGCAUUCCAGGGUAA